AUGGCUGAGGCUGUGCGUGAAACGGCAACUGCUACUACACGAGCAAUUGACCGUUUAGGGGAGAGGAACGGAGAUCGUAACGGAGGACGCAAUGGUGAACGUGGUGGAGAUGGUAAUGAUAAUGAAGGCAAUGGAAAUCACGAUAACCCUAUGACACUGGCAACCUUUCUGAAGGUGAAUUCGCCCAAGUUUAAGGGGACGCUUGUUGCAACUGAAGCUGACAAUUGGUUUCGUGGUAUUGAGAAGUCAUUGCGAGCACAACAUGUACCAGAAAGACAGUACGUGAAAUUUGCAACCUAUAUGCUGGAGGGAGAAGCUGAACACUGGUGGCAUGGAGUGCAGCGCUUGUUAAGGCAGGUGGUGGAAGAGAUUGACUGGGAUACUUUUAAGGAGGAAUUUUACAAAAAGUAUUUCCCUAGAAUUGUUCGUGAUGCUAAAGAAAUGGAAUUGAUGCAGUUGACGCAGGGGAAUAUGUCAGUGGCAGAAUAUACUCGAAAAUUUGAGGAUUUGUGCCGAUUCUCUAAGAUCUGUCAGGGAAACCCAGAUGAUUUUGAGGAAUGGAAGUGUUUGAAGUACAAAGGAGGACUCUGCGAAGAACUAAUGCACUCGUUGGUAGCACUGCAAAUACAAAAUUUUGCAGAGCUUGUCAAUAGGAGUCAGUUGGUGGAAGAUUGUACCAAGAAGGUGGCGGCAGCAAAGAUGAGUCGUCAAGAAUUACCUCCGAAAAAUUUUAAUCGGUAUAUAGCCCCUCAGGGAAGGGACUUUAAAAUGAAUAGGACACUUUCUUAUGGGAAUCAGCAAGUUAGUAAUCUUUCUGCUCGUGACAAUAUCGAUAGGCAAGGACGAGAUACUGGAAAGUGA